AUGGAUUCAUGGUGCUUGUCUUGGCUUCUGCUGGGUGAGGUUCUCCUUGUGGUCUCUGGCUUGUCAAUCCCAGGAGCAUUUGUAACGGAUGUAGAUGGUGGCAAGGAAAAGGACAUAUUCGACAUCAAUGAAGCUUUGGGACAGGACCUUUUUGAGGGAGACAUAUAUCUUGAUGGGAGAGACAGAAAUUCCAUUAUUGGUGAUGAAUAUAGGUGGCCUCACAUUAUCCCUUAUGUCCUUGAAGAUAGUCUGGAAAUUAAUGCUAAGGGCGUUAUACUGAAUGCAUUUGAACGGUACCGUUUAAAAACCUGCAUCGACUUUAAGCCAUGGGAAGGGGAGGACAACUAUAUCUCAGUGUUCAAAGGAAAUGGGUGCUAUUCUUCUGUAGGAAACAGACACGUUGGCAAACAGGCACUCUCCAUAGGAGCCAAUUGUGACAGAAUUGCAACAGUUCAACAUGAGUUCCUCCACGCCCUGGGAUUCUGGCAUGAGCAGUCCCGUUCAGACCGAGAUGACUAUGUUAUAAUAAUGAAGGACAGAAUUCAGGAAGGGAAAGAGCACAAUUUUAAUACUUAUGAUGAUAAGGUAUCAGACUCUCUGAAUGUUCCUUAUGACUACACAUCUGUGAUGCACUAUAGCAAAACUGCCUUCCAAAAUGGAACAGAACCAACAAUCGUGACCAGAAUCCCUGAUUUUUUGGAUGUGAUCGGGCAACGAAUGGAUUUCAGUGAUUAUGACCUUGAAAAAUUGAAUCGACUCUACAACUGCUCUUCUUCCUUAACCUUUAUGGACUCAUGUGAUUUUGAACUGGAAAAUGUGUGUGGCAUGAUUCAAAAUUCAGAAGAUAAUGCUGACUGGCAGAGGGUUUCACAGGUCCUUGGUGGUCCAGAUACUGAUCACUCAAACAUGGGCCAGUGCAAAGGAUCUGGUUUCUUCAUGCACUUCAACAGUAACUCUGUGAAUGUUGGGGGAAAGGCUCUCCUGGAAAGUCGAAUAUUGUAUCCCAAGAGAGGGUUUCAGUGCUUGCAGUUUUAUUACUACAACAGUGGAAACAAAGACGAUCAGCUCAAGAUCUAUGUCAGGGAGUAUACCUCAGUCAAUGUUAAUGGCUUUCUUUCUUUGGUGCAUGAAGUGAAAGAUGCACCCACAGGGACCUGGGAACUCUAUUAUGUGACACUGACAGUGACCAACAAAUUUAGGGUAGUAUUUGAAGGGACUCGGGGUCCUGGCACAUCAGCUGGUGGCCUCUCUAUUGAUGACAUUAAUCUUUCAGAAACACACUGUCCUCAUCAUAUCUGGAAGAUAAGCAAUUUCAGUAACUUAUCAGGACCCCUCUUUAGCCCUCCAUUUUACUCUCCCACAGGCUAUGCCUUUCAGGUUCAGUUAGAUAUAAGUAGUCAGACUAAUAUAGGAAUAUAUUUCUCCCUGAUCUCUGGAGCCAACGAUGAACAAUUACAGUGGCCGUGUCCAUGGCAACAAGCCACAAUGACAUUAUUGGAUCAAAAUCCAGACAUUCGUCGACGUAUGUCCAACCAGAGGAGUGUGACUACUGAUCCAUUUAUGACAUUUGAUAAUGGAAACUUUUAUUGGGACAAGCCUUCCAAAGUAGGAGUGCCAGCAACUUUCCCCAAUGGAACAGCAUAUUACAGGGGUCCAGAUUAUGGAACCAGUGUCUACAUAACUCACCAACGGAUGCAAAGCAGAGAUUUUAUCAAAGGAGAUAAUGUUUACCUCCUUUUGACAGUGGAAGGUAUGUCAAUCCAAGAUAGCUCUCCUGAAGAAAAUGUCACCGUAGUUGUAGCAUUUUCAUCUAAUGUAGAUGUAUUCGCUUCUAUGUAG